AACGGAGACGAUGAUGCCCUGUCUAGCGCGUUAUCUGCUGUUGAAGCAAAACUCUUACCCGGUCUCUCAUCUACCCCGUUACAAGAGCUGGUCCUAAUCGGUGCACCCGAUAUCCCCACCGAAACCGAUGAAUCUAAAUUGACCAACAGUGACAUGUGGAUAUCAAAUGUAGAUCAACCGAGUAACGCACAACGAUUCUGUCAGCAUCUGGCCACUUUAUUUCGCUCACGAUUUGGCCCGCUGACUCGAAUACGCCGAGCGUCCCGAGGGGAUGGAAUAUGUUACGGCAUUGUUUAG